AUGAUGUUGAUUCAUACCACUCCAUCCAACACCCAAUACCUUCCCACCAUCUCUAUCAAGUGGACCGACACCAACAAUAAGCCAAAAGUAUCCAAGAUCGAGCCCUAUUUCAACAGAAAAAAGGAUGACCCAACCAACUCUUGGUAUCCACCCUAUGUCAUGGACUUGGACUAUAAGGUUCCUACUUCUUUACCUACUUCCAGUGAUACAUGUUGGCAAGAUCCAAUUGGAUUUUCUCAUCCAAAAAUCGCAGAUAUCACUAAUAGAUAUUGUCAUUACAGUCGUAAAGCAAUCUUAUCACCGCUUCGCUUUGACUUUGUAUUGGAUGCUGACUUUUUAACGAGUACUACCACACCUGUCAUCACGGUCACUGGUGUUCCAUCGACCACAGACCCAAUGUUUUCGAUUGUCAGAUUCGAGUCGUCAGAAGGUAUCACAUUUGACAAGACCGGAUUCAAACCAAUGACAACCACCUAUGUAUCCACUACAGUAGCCCAAACCUAUGGAUCGGUUCUUGUUGCCCCAUUGAUCACAUAUUUGAACAACUCUCCAGCGAGCCAGAAUUCUUUCUCUUCCUUCCUAAAGGUAUUUUACAACACCCAAGAUCUUUCUCAAAUUAAAGACAAGGUACAAAUCUACUAUACCAAUCCAUCGGGUACCGAAACCUUAUUGGGUGAGCACCAAUUCACUUGGAAUAAUGAUGAACACAAAUUCACAUUCAACCUUUUCUCUCACCCCUACGUUACCGGUACACCAACCUAUCGUUACAAACUCAAUAACCAAAUCGGAAGCACUUGCCGAGUCGACUGGGCACUCUCCAUGCAGCCUCAGCCCACUGUUUCAACUUGGAAGAGAAGGGCACUUUACCACCACACUCUAAUGAAUAGUUAUCAAUACCUCACUUCACAAUCAACUGCCUACCUGAGCAUGAAUAUGAUAUCUAUGGACCCAUCAAGGUUCCCAUAUUUAUACACUAGAAAUUAUGUCAUGGAAAAAGAGGCAAUGAACAAUUAA